GUGCUUUAAAAGCGCACGCAGCGUCCGUUCAGCUCAUUCUGAGAGUGCGCUGCGAAGAGAGUGAAAGAAACAUCGGUUAUAUUUUAUAAAUAGCUCUUCUGUACAGCAAACAACAUUCAGCCGAGUUGUGAUUAGUCUACGAAUGGUGAAUUAUUCUGUGGAGUUGCUGCUAAAUAGUUAUUGUUUUGGUUGUCAUAGUAAAACAGCAGUUACCUGUGAGGAGAAUAUGCGCGAUACAGAAGAGAGCUCUUCUCUGGUGGGCUCCACACUCCACUGCUCAAGGCAGCAGGCUCCAGGGCCUCUGUGGUGCUCCGAUGCCCCUCACCCACUAACGAAGAUCCCGGGUGGGCGAGGGACUGAAAGGGAUCUCCCUCUCAGUGUAUUACUUCACAAGGAUAACAGGUUGACAGUGACUCGAUCAGGGGUGGUCAAUGGGUCAUCUCCGGUCCUGCAUUUCCAGUACCAGCUAAGCGAGCGGCGAUUCUCCUGCUGGGACACGGUGCUGGCAGCCAACUGCCUUUAUCUGGAGCUUCCCAAUGGAGCUCUGCCAGAGGGCAGCAAAGAGGGGCUUACCAGCCUGCUGGAGUUUGCAGAGGAGAGCCUGAAAGUCAACUCUGUGUUCCUAUGCUUCAACAAAUCCAGGGAGGAUCGAUUGUCCAUCACAAAGACUUUCCACUACAUGGGUUUUGAGAUUGUGAAGCCGGAUCAUCCUCUGGUGCCGGCCCGGCCCGAUCUCUUCUUUAUGGUCUACUCUAUGGACAACAGCAACUCCGAUGAAGAAUGAGCUCCGACUGCUGCAUUGCUAUAAAAUGCUCCCCACAUCCCAACUAGGCCUUCUAGCUCUUCAUCCAGUCCUCCUACCUUAAACACUCGCCUUUACUCCAUUCUUAACAAAGACAGACUUUUAAGUGGGGGCUGUAGAAGUAGGAAUGGAGAAAAAGGGUGGAACCAGGACUGAGUCCCUGACUGGCACAGUUAUUCUCUAUUAUGCCUUUGAUUGGUUCCUGUCUUCUUUCUUUCUGCUGGGAGAUGGUUGGUGCUAUAAGUGACAUACAAUAGCUGUUAUGUUAGGUUGCACCAAAUAUAUAAAGGUCUUAUACGUUCAUGCUCUACGUUAGGCAGAACAUGACAAGUCGGAAUUACAGUCACACAAGGGAAAUCAUUUAAUAGAUUGUAAGCUGUUCUCUGUACGGUUUCAUUCUCUAGGGUUACAGUACAUCACAGGACUGAUUCUUGUUACAGUUAUAUUAUAGUGUUUAACAAUCCUCUUUGGGUUUUUUGUUGGUCACCAUUCUUUACUCUGCACAUCUUAUUAGAAACAGAAAAUGUGAAAACAGUGUCUAUCUAUAAAGUGGUUAAGAAUUCAGGUUUUUGGGAGGUUAUAUUAAACUUUUGGUGUUUUAUGCUUGCACCUUUGUUCCAGACCUGAGUCUGUAUGUACCCCAGCGUUGAUACAAAUAUUUUCUAACCUGGCUGCGAUCCUGGGUUAAGACAUACGUUACAUUUAUGGCAUUUAGCAUACGCUUUUAUCCAAAGUGACCAGCAAGUGAUGGUUAAGGGCCUUGCUCAAGGGUUCAACAGUGGCAACCUGGCUGUGGUGGGAUUUGAACUAGCCAUCUUCCAGUUAUUAGUCCAGUACCCUAACUGCCUGGUGCGUUUAAAAUCUGUGGUCUGAGCUUUGCCUUAAAUGUGGACUGUACAUGCCCCACUUAAGGCCAUGAAUAGAUUAAGGUGGGUCAAUUUCUAUUGUAUUGUAUUGGGGAAUGUGACACAGUGGGGGUCUGAAAUAUUAUGAACAAAAUCCUAUUUAUUUCUUUAAGGCUCGCACCAGUCAGCAGAUGUGCAUCACAAUUCUCCAACGCUAGGUAGUCACAAGAUUAACUUUCACCAGGUAAAUGGUUUACUGGGUUAACUGAGUUGACCUUUCAAAGAUCGACUGUGCCCGGCUGAGAUUAAAUUAUUACCCAGCUUACUUUAAAAGAACUUAUACUGCAUUAAAAGCAUUCAGCGAAAGCUUUUACGAGUAGAGAAACUAGGCGAAGGUUAGUUUUCACAAGUACUUGGUGACUGUCUUUCAGUCGUUAUAUAGUCAUUAUGGUUUAGUCGUCAUCAACCAAUCUUGAUGGAUCUCUGUUGAUCAGGAGGCUGGUUUACAUGGUAAAGGUCUUUAAUGUUUGUGCUUUUUACUGAUGAAGGGUGUAGAGCUAGCAGUUUGUUGCCGACAUAGCAAGCUGUGCAAGUCGCUGAAUCGUUAGCACCCUAAAAAGCGUUGUGAAUUUAGGCUGAGUGUUAAAAAUAAACUGUAGGAAAACAGCUUUAAGCUAAUUGCAUUAAUGAUUAAUUUCUUCUACCCUCUCUGGCUCUACAGUAGCCAUUAUGGCUUAAUAAACUAAAUAAUGUAUUAUUGUGAUUCGGAAAGCAAUUCAGAGGUUCAAAUUCAUUUGAGAAUCGAGUCAAAUUUGGUUUGAGUGCACGUGUAUGUCACAAGCAGUUUAAUCAUAUUGAAGAAAUUCAAGCACUUAUUUUUAUAGCAUUCCUUACUUGUUCUUUGAAUUCAACCGAAACACCCUUUAGCCUUUUAUUGCCUCCUUUUCUGCACUCCAGUGCAGGCAGCCAGAAGGAUAAAUUAAUAAAGCUCCACUGUGGGCUUUUAAGACGAGCACUUUAGCUGUAUACGUGUAAUUCAAGCAGAUGUGCUUUCUGGGUUAAUCACACAGUUGUAACCCACACUUUAAAGAUUUUAUUUUCUUGGUCAGGGUCACGGCAGGUCCGGUUCCAAGUGGUGCAGGAAUACCCUAAAAAGGGUGUUAAUCCAUUGCAGGGCUUCAGCCAACACCGCUCCUUCCCUCCCAUCCAACCGAUGGCACUUCUGAUUCGAACUUCAGUGUAAUAGACAGCUGCGCCACCCCAGCGCCCACAUAAAAGAUGUCAUUUACAGUUGCCAAAGUAAUAGCCCCCACUUUAAGUUCCACAUGACCCACACAGUCUUUUAACCUAGAGUAGCACCAUGUGGGCUGACCUGCCACUGUCAGUAAUGUUAGAUACUGAAAUACAUUCCCCAUUGCUAGAGCUUUCUGAAAAUAGCUAAACCUUUGGUGGCAAAGUACAAGCUGUGUUAAAGCUUCAUCUGUGGAUGCACAACUGCUGGGGAUUUUAGGUUCUGCAUGUGUAUAUAAACCGUACAUUUCUGUAUUUACCUUUGAGCCAUGGUAAUAAGCUGUUACAGGACGUUUCCUUUUCUUCUUCUGAGAUUUUAUUUUUGUGUAUUUGUUGUUUCUAGGUUAAGAUCUUGUUUACAGUGUAAAACAUUAACAAUCAUUUAAUGAGUAUCCAUACAUGUAUAUCUACAUUCUUUAUUUUUUGUCUGAAUAAAAUGGUAAAUCAGUGA